UCUCUUUCCUCUCUGGGUCUGUGUGUGAUGGUUUGCUUUUAUGGGAAGAUGGGUUUUUUUUCUGUGCAGAUACAAACCCACCCAUGCACUCAUGGAAUCUCUCUCGUCUCCCUCUCGAUUAGCGUCAUCAUCGAACUCCUCAUUGUCCUUAUUCGCUUAUUAGGGUUUACGUUUUUCUGAUUCCUUGUUGCUUUGUUCCUGUUCUCUUCUUGAGCCCUUGAUCUUGUUGUGCACCCAAAUUACUACAAUUUUCUGCCUUUUUUUCGCUUCGAGAAACCCCACAACACGUUAUCUUGAAUGCGUGAAGAGAAAAGAGAGAAUCUUGUUGAGUGCUCGAAACUCGGUAGCUUUUGCUUCUUCUUGGCCUUCGCCUUUUGGGUUUGUUCGUUUCUUUCUUUUGGGCGAACUCUUUUUCGCUGGACGGCCAUUCUGAUUCUCGCAUGGUAAUUAUCAUAUAAGAAGUGAACUGAACGUUUAUCGCAGUGUUUUUGGGUGAUUUGCCCUCUUGCGUUUGUCCAUUUUUCUUCAGUUUGUCUUCUCAAACAUGGUUUCUUCCCGAAUUCAGCCUUUUGCGAGCAAAAAUCUUUAUCUCAGAGAAUACCCAUUUCACCAUUUCCCCCAAAAAUUGCGUUCUUGCAGUAACCUGGUGCAAUUUACUCUGCGUUUCUUUUAGGGGUUUUUCUACGGAUACUUGGGCUGUAAUUUGAGUUUGGGUCUUCUUCAUCCUCUAAUUGCUGUUAAACAAAUGGGUUGCGUCCAUUGCAAGUGUUGCAGCCGCUACCCAUCAUCAUCAGAUGGCGAUUCACGGGACCAUCCUGAAGUGGGUCCGUACAGCAGUGUCCCCAGCAAGCACGUACUGACACAGAGAUCAUUGGAGACCCUUCCUAUUCCCUCACACAACUUCAGCUUGGAAUACUCCGUCUUAACGCAGCGGGGUUACUACCCGGACUACCCUGAUAAGGAGAACCAAGACAGUUUCUGUAUUAGAACGCAAAUUCGAGGUAACCCAAAUGUCCAUUUCUUUGGUGUAUUUGAUGGGCAUGGCCAAUCUGGUACACAAUGUUCAAAUUUCGUUAAGGAUAGGCUGGCAGAUUUAUUGUCUAAGGAUGCCAAGUUGGUGGAUGAUCCUGCUAAAGCAUACGAUUCUGCUUUUUUGACAACAAAUAAUGAGUUGCACAAGAGUGAUAUUGAUGAUAGUAUGAGUGGCACCACGGCCAUCACAGUUCUUGUUAUUGGGGAUACAAUUCAUGUUGCGAAUGUGGGUGAUUCCCGGGCAGUGAUUGCCAUUAAGAAUGGGAAUAGAAUUGUAGCUCAGGACUUGUCUUCUGACCAGACACCAUUUAGAAAAGAUGAGUACGAGAGAGUUAAGCGUUGUGGUGCCAGGGUCUUGAGUGUUGAUCAAGUGGAAGGGCUUAAAGAUCCUGCUAUUCAGGCAUGGGGCGAUGAAGAAAGUCAGGGUGGUGAUCCUCCAAGGCUGUGGGUUCAAAAUGGAAUGUAUCCGGGGACUGCUUUCACUAGGAGUAUAGGAGACAGUACAGCUGAGAAGAUUGGUGUCAUUGCUGUUCCAGAGGUGUCAACUGUUAAGCUUACCCCCAAUCAUCUAUUCUUCAUUGUUGCAAGCGAUGGAGUUUUCGAAUUCCUUUCAAGCCAAGCUGUUGUUGAUAUGGCUGCAAGGUAUACAGAUCCCCGGGAUGCAUGUGCAGCCAUUGCUGGAGAAUCAUACAAACUAUGGCUGGAGAAUGAAAAUCGGACAGAUGAUAUUACAAUCAUCAUUGUACAGAUUAAAGACUUAUCUAACUCAGGUACCGGUAGUACGAGUGGAACCAGUGGGGUCAGUUUGAUGCAAGGGAAUUGGAGGACAGGAACUGGAGCUUCUGAUAUGUCCACCGCCUCUGGGUCUGAAAUGUACCGUUCAGUAAGAAGCGAGUUUUCUGACCUACAACAGCCUUUUCAACAUAGUGCUUCGUCCAAUCGAGGCCCAGCUAUCGUCGUUCCAUCUUCAACAGGCCAGAAUCCCUUAGAAAUGGGUGUUGGCUAGCGUUGCGGUCAUACUUUCAGGGAGCUUGUUUGUGCACCUUUAGAGCAUCUCCAAGGGAGGGAUGUAAAAAUGAGGUGCUAUCCUUGUGUUUAGCACCCCAAAAGGUGAAAAACUACGAUUGUAAAAUUGUUGUGUUCCAAGGGAAGGGUUGUAAAUGGAGUGGUAAAACUAAUUUUAGUCCAAACCCAUUCAAUUUAAGUCGAAUUCAUAUGAUUAUUGUCAUUAAA